AUGAGCGAGCCGAGGCAACCAGAGGUGGCCCCUGCACUGCCAGUGGCGUCUGAACACACCGUCACCUGUGGUAUCGCGGCGUCGUUGUCAGAGAAACCGGCGCUGGUGGCGAUGCCUGCCCCGGAACCUACCGCUCGCCUGCCCAUUACGAGGGAGAAGGGCGUCUGCCCAGUGAAGGCGCAGUACUUGCGUCCAGCCCCGGCGCGCGUCAGCCUCGAUGCGGAGGGCCGUACGCGCGGCAUGAACAAGGGCGCCGCGCGCGAGCACUCAGGGUUUGUGCAGGGCACGCAGCGUCCCGCGUGGGAGGGAGAGGGAAAUUUCUUUCUUGGGCCGACGCUGCAGCAGAUCAAGAGGGUCGUUCGUGAAGCGAAGCAGCGGCAGCCUAAGCAGCAGCAGCAGGGGCGAGAGCAUCAACAGAGCCCCGAGAGCAAGGAGGGCGCUGCCUCCGCUGACGCCAUCACGACGGAGCCAUCCGAGAAGACAACAGCAGCGACAGCCGCCGAGGCGAGUGAGCUCCUCCCGGUAAUUGGGCAGAAGCGUGAGCGCAGUUCCUCGGCCGAGGAGGCACCCAUGACAGAAGCACCCACACCUGACGCGACCACGAAAUUGAGCAGCAAUGAGCCGACGGCUCGCCCCACACAGACAGAGGAGAGCCUUCGCGAGGUGAUUGCGCGCCAGUCAAGCUCGCGCGGUCUAUUCGCCGAGAAGCUGGUACUGGCGCCACUGACCACGGUCGGCAAUCUGCCCUUCCGUCGCAUCUGCAAGUCGUUCGGUGCGGACGUCACGCUGAGCGAGAUGGCUGUGGUCUUCAACUUGAAUCGGCUGCAGAAGAGCGAGUGGUCGCUGCUGCGCCGGCACGAGAGUGAGGACAUCUUCGGCAUCCAGCUGGCUGUUUCUCGCCCACAGGAGGCGGCGACCUUUGCGCAGGCGCUGGAGGCGUCCGGCUUCUCAUACGACUUCCUCGACAUCAAUUGCGGCUGCCCGGUGGAGAAGAUUGUGAAGUCCGGCUGCGGCUGCGGGCUUUGGCAGCGCACAGAACGGCUGCGCGAUGUCGUGGAGAGCCUGGCGAUUUACCAGAGCCGCCCUGUGGCGAUUAAGUGUCGCAUUGGCCUCGACGAGGACAUACCGACGCUGCAUCAGCAAAUCCACCGGUACUCGGCGUGGGGGGCUGCAGCGGUGACGGUGCACGGCCGCUCGCGCAAGCAGCGCUACACCAAGUUCGCCAACUGGGACUACGUGGACCAGUGCGCGCAGCUCACCUCGCUGCCUGUGAUUGGCAACGGCGACAUCAUGUCCCUGGAGGACGUACUCGAACACCGGGAGCGGCAGCCGCACAUUGCCUCACACAUGAUCGGCCGCGGCGCCCUCAUCAAGCCGUGGCUGUUUGAAGAGAUCAAGACCGGCCAGGUAAAAGACAUCAGCAGCUCGGAGCGGCUGGACAUGUUGAAGAAAUUCUGUGCACACGGAAUGGCCCACUGGGGGGCGGACGAGCGCGGUGUCAUGACAACGCGGCGCUUCCUGUGUGAAUGGCUGUCGUUUCUUCAUCGCUAUGUGCCAGUUGGGCUGCUGGAGCGACUGCCCCAGCGCAUCAACGAGCGUCCGCCGUUCUACGAAGGUCGUGAUGAGUUGGAGACGCUCAUGUCCAGCGAUAGCGUGAAGGAUUGGGUGCGCAUAAGUGAGCUGCUGCUUGGGCCUGUCGAGAGACAGUUUCGCUUCACUCCGAAGCACAAAAGCAACAGCUACACAAGUGCGACGGAGUUGGACGGCAGCAUGAGUGUAGAAGGCUAA